GUACUUGACGUAGGAGAAAGUUUAUUUCCUACUUCCUGGUCUAAACUUCUGCUCAAGAUCGAUGACUCCACUUCACUUCACCGCCGUUUAAAAGCUGUAAAUAGUAGUAAAAAUGAAUACACGCUUAACUUUAUUAAAACUCGACUACAGCUUCUUUUCGUAAACGUAUUUUUAGCAGAAUUUAACGAUGACAGAUUCAAGCCGACCUCAACGCAAGCUUUCCCGAGCUGGAGAGAGUUUAUACCAAACAUUAGGCUUGGAGAAAGGAGCUUCAUCUGAAGAUAUUAAGAAAGCAUACAGGAAACUGGCACUGAAGUAUCACCCAGACAAGAACCCCAACAACCCUGAAGCAGCGGACAAGUUUAAAGAGAUCAACAAUGCCAACACCAUCCUCAACGACGAAACCAAACGACAGAUCUACGACGAAUAUGGCUCCAUGGGCCUCUACGCCGCGGACCAGUUCGGAGAGGAGGGCGUUAAAUACUACUUCCUCAUGUCCAAAUGCUGGUUUAAAGCGCUCCUAGGAUUGGGAAUGAUCUUCACAUGUUGCUGCUGCUUAUGCUGCUGUUGCUGCUGUUGUGGUAAAUGUGCCGUUUCGGAGAGCGAAGACAAUGGCCACUAUGUGGAUCCAGAUGUGCUGGAGGCGGAGAUGUCAGAGGAGCAGAACAGAGGCAAUGACACAGUAAUAAUAGGACAGCCUAUUCCCAGUCCUGCACCUGGAAAUUCAGAAAGCUCUGUGAUUGUAGGAAUGCCUAUUCCUAAAAACUCAGAUGGAGACACUUCUUUACUGAUCACUCCAGAUGUACACGAGGCGCAUGAAUAGAGCAAACAACAACCUCCAGACUUGUUAAGGAGACUGAACCUUCCCUGUUUCUGGCUGCUGUGGAAAUGAGGACAGUGCUCUAGAAAUGUGUUUGAGCGUCAGUGGUUUGUAUUACACAGUGCCUGUGCGGUUUGUGGCUCAUUUGACCUCCACAUAUAAUGCUAUUUUUGUUUACAUCAUUUUAUAAUCGCGUUUUGGUUGCUUGAAUGUCUCAUGAUUUUUAUUACAGAGACACUUUAUAUUGUAAUGCUUCAUUGAUGCGCCAUUUAAAGCAGCUGUAUGUAGUUUUGUGUGUUUUUGCAACUUUGGAUCCCCCUACAGUUGAGUUCGCGUAAAUAUAUCACUGUCCUACAGUGGGUCACUGAAUACAGUACAUGCAUUUGUUGCUGUCAUAAAGCAUUUCAUUGUUUUCGCAACAUUUCGUACCAACUUAAACAGAUGUUUGGAUAGAAACUAAAGCCAGAAUGAUUUGGAAACUGAUAUUUCAAGCUAAAAAUGUACAUACAGUUGCUUUAAAUGACUUUUAGAGUACAAUCAAACAUAUCUUGCACAAAAAAAGUCAGCCUGAAGAAAAACCAUAAAAAUGUUCUGUUUAUAUAACAACACCAGAUUCAUUGCUUUGCUUGAUUUAAUAUAUUUAACUCCUACACUGUGUAAAUGUUAAACCGUGCUUUUCCAGUGAAACCUAAUAAAUGCAUUUUGUGCAUGUCACAUCAGUAAUUCUUGAGAACAUAAAGUUACUGUUAAUACUGUAUUUGUACAAUGUGAAGUCAUUAAGGAUCAAAUAGAUGAUAAGGAAUAAGUCUUUUCUUAUCUGUCUAUGCACAUAAACAUGGAUGGUUUAUUUUGCUACCGUUACAAGCAAACCUAAUUUGGUAUUAUGUAGAUUUUUUUUUUUUAAGAUUCAAGCGAAUGUAUAAAUAAUGAGCAUUAUGCAGUAUGAUCAUUAAGACAGGUGUUCAGACCACUGAAAUCAUGUCUCACUGGUGAUAAAGCAGGUGAAUGUUUUGUUUAUUGUGGUAAUAUUACACAGCCUCAGGGAUGGUUUUGCCUGAGUUUCUGUGUGUAUAAAAGUUUUGUUUAUAAUUGAAAUUCUAUGAUUUCUGCAUGAUUUCUAUGUGAAAUAAUGAGAGAUGAAUAAAUAUUGUCAAUUACUGCA